CACAUUUGUUUAUGCUGUUUGUACUAAGUUGACACAAGACUGCUGCAUUCUUGCUCGCUAGUGUGUAUACAAACAAACGGAUUCCAAAUAUGGGCUCAGACUAUGAGGAAUUUUUGAUACAUUUCCUUUUUCCAACUCUCGCUGCAACAAAAUCGUGGUAAAGACAAGAACCUGGACCCGCCCAAUGACAGAGCUCUUAUGUGCUAUUCUAUUACGUGCUCUCUGCUCCUUUUACCAACCCCGGUACGAGAAUGGACUUUUUAAAGUCUCCUUGCGGGCGUAGAUAGAUAAACUUUGUUGUGCAAUGUCGUGCUGGAAAAAUAGACAGAAAAUGAGUCCUGCGGAGGAGCUGGCUCACAAAGAAAACUUGAGGAAGGUGGCUAAAGAGAACGGGAAGCGUAUCGGUUUAGAUGGCGACCCGGAUCUGCAAUUCCUUAUAGUCGGCGGCAUGCUGACCAAGGUCCGGUCCCGUUCCUGGCAGAAGAAUCGCUUCUACCGACUGCAGGAGGACUGCAAGACCGUGUGGCACGAUUCCAACAAAUUCUUUAAUCGCAAGCACACGUUCUCCAUCGACGACAUCGACUCGGUACGCAACGGCCGGCAGUCCGAGGGUUUGAACAAGCACACCGACCCGAGCGAGGAAGAUCGCUGCUUCUCCAUCGUCUUCAAGGGUCGCAAGAAAGUCCUAGACCUGAUGGCCGACAAUCAGCAGGACGCCAAUCAGUGGGUCAAAGGCUUUGAGAAGAUCAUGAGCAACAUGCGCAACCUUAGCCGGCAACAACAAAGCGAGCACUGGAUCAUCGAUUGCAUGCGCAAAGCUGACAAGAACGCUGACAACAAAAUGAACUUGAAGGAGCUGAAGCGCUUCCUGCGACAUGUCAACAUCGAGGUGGAUGACGUGUAUGCAGAAGAAAUUUUUAAGAAAUGUGACCAGUCCAACUCGGGCUACUUGGAAGACGAGGAGAUCAAGAAGUUCUACGAGCUCCUGACCCACCGGGAAGAGAUAGACGUUAUCUACUCGAACUACGCUGAAACGGACGGUCAGCUGAGUGUUCGGGACCUGCUCAACUUUUUGCUGAACGAGCAGAGGGAAGAGGCGACCGUGUCGGACGCUCUCAGACUGAUUGAAAAAUACGAGAUGGACGAAACAAUCAAACAGAAUAGGCACAUGAGCAAAGACGGCUUCCAGAUGUACCUCCAACAUGAAGACUGUGACCUUCUAAACCCGGCCUACAAGAACGUCUACCAGGACAUGACACAGCCUCUUAAUCAUUACUACAUUUCGUCUUCACAUAACACGUAUCUGACCAAAGACCAGCUCAAAGGACCAAGCAGCACUGAAGCCUACAUCAGAGCUCUGAUGAAGAGUUGCCGCUGCGUAGAGCUGGACUGUUGGGACGGGCCCAACGGGGAGCCUGUUAUCUACCACGGAUAUACACUAACGUCCAAAAUCCUCUUCAGGGAUACAAUCAAGGCCAUAAAAGACUAUGCAUUCAAGACAUCAGACUACCCGGUCAUCCUGUCCUUGGAGAACCAUUGCAGCGUGGACCAACAGAAGCUCAUGGCCCACUAUAUUAUCUCCAUUCUAGGGGACGCCUUGGUCUCGCAGCCCCUUGGGGACUUUGUGCCCUCUGACUUCCCGUCACCUGAGGAGCUCAAGGGCAAGUUCCUGAUCAAGGGAAAGCGGCUGAACAAACUGGACGCCGCAUUCAACAAUAACAACACAAUUUCGGAGGGGACGGUGUCCGAGGAGGAUGAGGCAGCGGAGCAAGAGAACGGACAAAGUGCCCCCCAAAAGAAUUCAAAAAUUAAACUGGCCAGGGAGCUGUCGGACAUCGUGGUCUACUGCAAGAGCGUCCAUUUCAAUGGUUUCGAACAUGCCAGGGAAAAGUUGGACUUUUACGAGAUGUCCUCCUUCAAAGAAAGCAAAGCCUUCAACUUGGCUGAGAACUCAGCCACCGCUUUCAUCCACCACAACAUUGACAAGCUGAGCCGAACCUACCCGGCCGGCUCCAGAACAGACUCAUCCAACUACAAUCCGGUGCCCCUGUGGAACGCUGGUUGCCAAAUAGUGGCGCUCAACUUUCAGACGCCGCAAAAGGAAAUGCACAUCAACCAGGGACGCUUCCUACCCAACGGCAUGUGCGGCUACAUCCUCAAGCCGGAAUUCCAGCGAGACCCCAGCUCUCAGUUCGAUCCCAACGACCUUACUGAAGGACCCUGGCUGAGGAGGAUGAUCCUCCAUAUCAUGGUGAUCUCAGCCCAACAACUGCCCAAACUCAACGUGGAGAAACAGAAAUCCAUUGUGGACCCUCUGGUGAGGGUGGAGGUGCACGGCGUCCAGUUGGACAAUGCCAGCAAGGAGACUCACUACAUCACCAACAAUGGGUUCAACCCCAUGUGGAAUGAGCGCUUCCAGUUCCAUAUUUACGUCCCCGAGUUGGCCAUAUUGCGAUUUGUGGUGGAGGACUACGACACCGCGUCGGCCAACGAUCUCAUUGGCCAAUACUGCCUACCGCUCACCUGCAUACAGAACGGUUAUCGCCACGUUCCGCUCCUGAACAAGAACGGCGACAUGAUCUCAUCAGCAGGCCUUUUCGUGCAUGUCAUGCUCCUGGAUGCCGAAUAGUAUAUAGAAAAUAUUACAGUUUUUACCAAUUAUCGUAUUUUUUUAUGCGAUAAUGUAGACUAACAAAGCUGAGAUGUAUAAGUAAAAAGUACUCAAAUGUAUUAGUCGCACUGGUGGCAAUAAGCUCAGGUUGGAAAGGAGAAUCUUGACGAUAAAAGUAUUUAAUUUAUAUGGAUGAUCUUUUCUGAAAAGCUAUACCAAAGCUUUUUAUAGCGUUUCUAAAUAUUUUUGUCUAAACAGAUUAUAUCAUUAUUCAUUAGAAGGCCAUUUGAACAAACAAUGACUUAUUUUUGUUACACUAACAAACAAGGCCACAUUUUUUGUUGGGUUUUUACAUUAAUGCCAAGUAAUUAAUUCUGUAUUAAAAAUGAAAUAAUCUUCUAAGAUUCACCCACAGCUGCAUGCACUUCUAUUCUUUUACACUACUUCUGAAAUAAAACCAUCAGUAC